UGCAGCCGGGCAUCGUGUUCCCUUUCUAGCUUUUCGGACGGGCUUCCUCCCACCGGCCGUUUUCUGUUAGUCCUUGUCGCUUAUUGCCUCUUCUGCUUCUCUGUAUAGGUACGUUCAGGGAUGACCCCAUGGUCAUGAAGCUUCAAGCCCUGCAUAGCCAUAUCAAUCGCACGCUGGCGAUGUUGUUCGAUUGCUGGCCGGCUUUGGAGACCUCUUCGGCCUCUUCCUACCUUUCCUGUUCCCGUUGAAGUCUACAGCACGCGACCCAUCUGGACAAUCACCCCCUGACGCAGCUUGCGCAAACUGUCACCAUUCGCGUCGACUUCGUUGCUUACAUCUCAGACAGUAUUUGCAUAUACCCUCUGUACCAUACACGAUAAUCAAGGGCCAUGGCCGACAACGACGCGCCCGAUCUUUCGUCCGCAUACGCAGGCAUCUCGAGCUCCAUCACAACUCACUCUUCUUGGAAUCCUGCGCUACGACCCGACCAUGACGAACCUCGGACUACCGCACACCCUGCGAAAUCUCCAGUGGUAGAUGCGCCUACCGGCGCGCCCACUGAUACCCCAACACAUGCGCAAUUUUCCGUGGACGAAGCAGUUGAAGACAGCGAACUCAUUGCUCCACCAACAGCGGCGGAGCAACAAGUUGACUCGAGUCAUUUCGAGGUGGACCCCAGCUCCGCGGAGGACUUCUUCGACCGCCAUGAUUCUGAGGACAAUUUUGAACACGCUUCUCAGCAAACAAGUGCUGGCCCGCCCGCCCACGGGGAUAACGGAGGUGAGAUCGGUGGCCUAGCUAAUGGGCUAGAGAGUCGGCCGACACAACGUCCUAGAGAAGAUACACAUGUAAGCCCUGGAACGUCUCGGCCAUCCCCAGAAGACAAUUCCCACACCAGACAAGCGUUGGAGGGGCACGCAGCUGAGAAAUACGAACACCAAGGCGAAGGGACGCUGUUAGAAGAGGCUGUUGUGGACGAUGCAAAGGCACCUCUCGUUCCGGACACGGAGUCGGCCACCGACGAGUGGGAGGCUUCGGGAGAAGUGUUUGAUUUGGGUGGAACAGCCCAGGAUGCACAUCCGUCAUCAUCAGAGGAACACCCGUUGCCUAAGGCCACUGCGGAGGCUGCCGGGACGACUGUUGGAGAUCAAGUGAUUGGCAAUACCACGGUCGGCGGCAAUAUUGGCGAAGAGAUAGACUGGGGAGAUACAGGCGACUCCGAUUUGUUUGGUACACAGGCCUCGACAAUGCAGGGUGGCAACGUUAGUACUGCUGAUGCAUCAGCGUGGGAUCUAGCUCUGGAUGACGAUUUUCUACCUGAUAACGAGGACGGGACUGCUCCCUUUGAUCUCGAUGAAGAUGGAUUCCUCGAAGAUGAACCGGUUGAGCAGACUGCCCACUCCCAGAGUCCGUCGAAUCGAUAUGCUCCACAAGCAGUUCAGACUCCGGCUACUCAACCUGCUCCCAGUCCCUAUACUCCGCCAGCUCCACAGUUCACCGACUUCUCUCAGUUGAACCAAAAGCAGCCAAUCGCAACGCCGAACGUUCCUUAUGGUGGAUAUGGACAACCCACUCCCUAUCAACCACCACCACCCAGACCUGCACAGCAAACUUCGGCCGAAAGUUUUGUGGAUAAGUCCAAGGGGGGGUACCAUUCGCCGUACGAUUUGCCAGAGGAUGUGGUGACAACGAGAAAACGGCCUGCUGCCCGCCCUACCCCAAGCCCUUAUGGACAACCCACUCAACCGCCCUCCAGGAGUGCCAGCAAUGUGUACACUGCCCCUGCCACUGCCGCCGUCCGCCCACCUCCACCCAUGGGUGCCCCUAGCUUGACGCCGCCAUCUUCGAGCCAGUCCAACAUGGCCUCCAUGACUGGCAUGCCCCCACCCCCAAAGCCCGCUCCAGCCAAAUCACCCUCAAGUGACUUCUUUGCUGAGCUGCCGGUGACUAUCAAACCUAAGCCGUCAGGGCGUCACACUCCGCAAUCGGCCCCAUUACAGCAACCACCUCCACCCCAUGGGCCACCGCAACAUUUACAAAAGGAACGUACAAGUUCAUGGUCAUCUUUAAGAAAUGAAGUUUUCCCGGAUGGGCAUAACGUCCCUCCCCUACGUCAGCCUGAGCGAUUGCCUGUAUUUCCGGAUCAGCCCUCGGUUCCUGUCCGUUCCAACACCUUUCCCAUCCCUCCACCUGCCUCCACGACCGUGCCUUCACGCUACUCUCCGCAGCCACCAACAGCGCCGGCAGCAUCUACAGCCAUCAAUCGGUACUCACCCGCCCCUGCGCCCACCGGGGCAGGCGCAAGAUAUUCUCCCGCGCCAUCCCCCGCUCAAACGCAGAUGCACAAUCGAUAUGCAUCCGAACCAUCUCCCGGCCUGCCAAGGACGUCUGCACAGCCGUACGCUCCUCGCACAAGUAGUCCGCUAGCCCACCAUACCCAACUCCGGUCCCACGAAGAACCAUCUCAUGUCCCACACCUGGCUGAUCAUAGGGGUCCUGAACAGCAUCAAGCUGCGCCCACAGACAAUGUUUCGGGGUUACCAUACCGGACAUCGUUAGAGGGUGUGCGAGAGAUCGAUGAGGAAACACAAGCUGUCUCCCAGCCUUCAGCGCCAGCUGUUUCCGCAAGGUCGGAAACACCUCCGAUGAGAAGUGGCCCUGCUUCGGUGGUUGACUCGCCGCGGAAAACAUUGACUUACACUCCGCACUACCAGCCCACCACAUCCCAUGGAAUGGGCGCAGGUGUCGCCGCAACCGGGCACUCGCUUUCGCAGUCGCCGGAGUCAAUCACCAAGCACACUGCGCACCGUCAUCUCUCGUUGGACCAUGGGGCAGAUGUAUAUGGCGUGCCUCCAACUCAGGGUUUUGGUGCUCCCUUGGCUUCGCAACGUAACAUCAACGUUAUUCCGCACAGACGCCAAAUAUCGCAUGAUUUCGCUUACAUACCGCCUCAAGAUGAGCGCUCCGCAGAUCCGCUUGAACGUUGGAAAGGAUAUCCGAUAUUCAAAUGGGGUUUGGGUGGAACGGCUGUCACGUCCUUCCCUAAACAAAUUCCCCGCUAUGGAGGUGGUGCGUCUCAGCCCAUGCUGAAAUGUUCUCCGGGCGAGGUCAAGCUCCAGAGCAUGAAGGACACAUUACCGCUUUCAGAAGAGGUUGUGAAAUUCCCGGGGCCCCUGAAAACGAAAAAUAAGAAGAAAGAUGUCUCCGCGUGGUUAGGGAAACACAUCGAGAGCUUGGAGGUUCAACUAAGGGCACCUGGCUUCGAGCAUUCACUGAGCCCAGACACUUUCAAACGUUUUCAGGAAAAAAUCCUGCUUUGGAAGGUUCUACAGAUUUUAGUUGAUAACGACGGCCAUUUGGAGGGUAAUGCGGCCGUCGACGCUGCCGUUCGAAAGGUCUUGGCACCAGAGGGAAUUGACUCAACGUCCAAGUUAACUACUUCCGUCCCUACAGCGGCAGAUCUUGUGGGUGAGAUAUCCAGGUCGACCCCUUCUGGCUUUCACUCUGAUCCGGUUGAUCCUACAUCUGUCGGUGAUCUACGGGGGCUUCUUACCAAGGGAGAGAGGGAGAAGGCCGUCUGGCAUGCCGUGGACCAUCGUCUCUGGGGACAUGCUAUGCUGCUGUCCUCCACUCUGGACAAAGACAUCUGGAAACAGGUUGUGCAAGAGUUUGUACGAAAAGAGGUGAAAAAGGCUGGGCCUGAUAACCAAGCCUUGGCUGUGCUGUAUGAGAUCUUCGCCGGCAAUUGGGAAGACUGUGUGGAUGAACUCGUGCCCGCUUCGGCACGAGCUGGUUUCCAGAUGGUGAGCGCUGAUGGCGCUGGUCCUACCCAGAACGCGUUGCAAGGACUAGAGAAGUGGCAGGAGACGCUUUCACUGAUUUUGAACAACCGGAGCAAUGGAGAUUCAGCAGCCCUGCUUUCUCUCGGACGACUGUUGGCAGGUUAUGGGAGGAUUGAGGCCGCCCACAUAUGUUUUCUCUUUGCCCGCCACGUUGCCUAUGUCGGCGGUGUCGAUGAUGCGCAAUCUGAUAUGGUCCUCGUCGGCGCCGACCAUCGCGCACACCCUUUGAGUCUCGGUAUCGAAAUGGAACCGAUCCUUCUCACUGAAGUCUACGAGUUUGCGCUCUCGCUUGCUGCACCGUCUGGCUCUCACAUUAUACCACACCUUCAGAACUACAAGCUGGCUCGCGCGCUUACCCUCGCCGAGUAUGGCUACAAGUCUGAAGCUCAGGCUUACUGUGAUGCUAUAGCAGCUGCUAUGAAGGCUACUACUAGGAUGUCGCCUUACUACAAUGGCACCUUUAUUGCCGGCUUGGAUGAUCUAAAUAAGCGCCUCUCCCAGUCGCCCAAGGAUGGCUCAUCUUGGAUAUCAAAGCCGAGUAUGGACAAGGUGUCAAGUUCUCUUCUCUCGAAGUUCAACAGCUUCAUCGCAGGAGAGGACGAUGAUGUUGCGUCGAAUAAUUCAGCAGAAGUUGGCCCCUUCGCUAGGAUUGCCGGUAACACGCCGACACUCAGCCCGUCCCAUUCCAGUGCGGAUCUGUAUGGUGCCUAUUCGAGCUCUGGUGGCGCUUCGGCUCCCCCGUCACUGCCUGCAAAUUCCCGUUACGCCCCAAGGGCCUCGUUGGAUAAGAGCGCCACAGCAUAUGAGCCUCAGGGCAGGCCUUCGACCGAGUCGCAAUCGUCGAACCCAUAUAUUCCAUCACCAGCACUGUCUGGACCUUACACUCCGCAGUCACAAUUCAGUCCCACAAGUGUUCGACCCGAGCCAUCUAAGGCCCAGAGCUACGCUCCGCUAAAAGCUCCUGGGGCAUCAUCAUCGCACAACCCAUACCAGCCGACGGCGCCGCCGGGGGAACACAACACACCAUUCUCCGGGUAUCAACCUCCGCAAGAAAGCUUCGACAGUGCGCCAUCCCAUGAAAGUACACAGUCGUCUAAUAGCUAUGAGCCACCUGCCAUGGGCGGUUACGAACCUCCUUCAUACGAGCCUUACAACCCAGGAGACGAGGAUAAAGCCGAUGACGAGGCGGAACCGCGCAAGAAGAAGUCAUUCAUGGACGAUGACUCAGACGACGACCUCAUCGCCCGUGCCGCCGCUCUAAAAUCAAAGCAAAAAUCCGAAGCCGACCGCCUUGCGGACGAAGCCUUCCGUAAAGCCGCCGAAGCCGACGCUCAAAAGGACAAAGAGACAGCCAAUAACAAGAAGAGCGGAGGCGGUUGGUUCGGCUCCUGGUUCAAGAAAGAUCCAAAUGCAUCUCCUGGUCCUAUCAAGGCGAAGCUCGGCGAGGAGAACUCCUUCUAUUAUGAUCCCGAUUUGAAGAAGUGGGUUAAUAAGAAAGCUGGAGUGACAGAGACGGCGAAGACGGCGACUCCGCCGCCACCGAAGAGUGGACCGCCAAGUAGGAGUGUGAGUGAUGUGGGUGGUCCUUCGGCUCCGCCCUCGUCAGGGGCGUCGUCUGCAGGUCCGCCAUCUGCACCGCCUUUUAGACCUCCGACGUCGAAUCCACAGCGCAGUUCUUCGAUGCCCCCGCCUAUGGGUGGAUUUGGCGCGCCUGGAUCCCGCACGUCGACUCCAGGUGUCCCUAGUGGGGAUGAAGGCGGAGCGGGUGGGAAGGCACCGCCUCCGUUGACGAGACCGCCGCUUGUGCCUGGGCAGGGGAAUGGGCCGCAUAGUAGACCUAGUACCGGGAUGAGUAACGCAAGCAGUAUUGAUGAUUUGCUUGGGGCGCCGGGACCGAAGAAGGGAGGCAGGGCGUUGAAGAAGAAGGGGAGUAGUAGGUAUGUGGAUGUUAUGGCUCAGAAGUAGACGAGGGACGCGGGGAGAAUGGAUCGUUUGUAUCUGAUUGGUGUAUUAAAAUGGGGGAGGCGGAAUUCAGGGAUUGGCGUUUUUGGUGUGUUUUUGCGUUCAGCGGCUAGAUGGGAAUGUUGGCGGGGGAAAGAAGGGUAAUGUAGAGUAUUGUAUGGGCUAAGCGUAUUAUGGGAUUUUCUUCAUCUGUCUGUUUUCAUACGAAUGAUUUGGUACUUGCAUGAAGUGUUACCUGGUGCGUUCAUGUUGUUUCUCGGAGAGGGUAGAUGGAAAGGCCGUAAAAACUGCAACGAUGUAGGAGAUGGUGGCGGUUCGGGCCGUCGCUCUCCUUCGUGGAUGGCGUGGCGGAAUUGUUCAUGAGAUGGAAAGUGACCGCAUGUGAGCGUAUAAUCAAUAAUUGAGUUGUUGACGC